AUGCACUACAGUGAAGAAGUCACCAGAGCACAGAGGGAGCAGGGGGUUGUCCUGGUGGGACUUUCUGUGCUGGGAGUCCUGGAGAGCAAGGACUGCUACACCUACUCCUGCAAGCUUAGAGCUGCGGCCCCUCAGGCCAACUGCUUUCUCCACAAGAUCAGCCCCAACUCCUUCACGGUCACUCCCCGGGGGCAGCCCCCCAGCACCCGCGUCCCCGAGCCCGGUGCUGUCCCCGCCGGCCGCCCCGCGACGCCCAAGGGGCCACCAGUGCCAUCCACCAGCCCUUCCCAUGCCAGAGCCAACGCCAGGAGGCCAAAGGCGGAGGAGGCCGAAGCGGCCGUGUCGCCCCUGCCCAGUGCCAGUCCGGCCCCCAGUGCCACUCGGCCGCUCUCCGCCUCAGCCCCGCGGGCCGGGGGCUCCUUCGAAAUCCACCCGGCCCCCAAGCCCGACUUGGCGGCCAUCCCAGCCCACGACCUGCAGGCACAGGCUCUGGCCAAGCUGCGCCUGAAUUCGCGCAAUUCCUUCGUCUUCGUGCCCCGCCGGGAGGGCAGCCCAGCCCAGCCCCAGAUUGCCAGGCCAGGCCCGGCGCCCUCAGAGGAGAAGGCGCCCCAGGAGCCUCCCAGGGCCUCCGCCCCGGAGCAGGAAGAGCCCAUCACUUCCCCAGCGGCGCCUCUGGAUCCCUUGGUACCUGUGACUUACAUCGAUGACAUUGUGGAGCCGGACAGCGGCGAGCUUCUUCCCAGGGCUGGCCCAGCUGCGAGGACGGGGAGCUUGGCGAACCAGCCCGGAGGAGCUGGCCCUGACCUGGAGAUGGAGAUUUCCUCCGUGCCCCUCUACAGACCACACUCUGCCCCCCAGCAGAGGGGAGGCAGCACCUUCACUGUCGUGCCCAAAAGGAAACCCGUGGCCCCGGGGCUGCAGGCUCUCGCCGAUGCCAGCGGAAGGCCACAGCGGGAGGAAGAGGAGGAGGAAGAGGAUGGCAAAGGAAGAGGCAAAGCCGUGGAGAACGCUGAUGGGCCCCAAGUGGGGAUAUCUCAUAAAAAGCGCUACCCCACGGUGAACGAGAUUGAAGUGAUCGGGGGGUACCUGUCCCUGGAGAGGUCCUGCAUGAGCAAGACGGGCUCGCGCCGCAAGAAGAUGAAGAUCUCUUUCAACGAGACGAGUUUGCAGACGAUGUUUGAGUACCCCUCAGAGAGCUCCCUGGCAGAAGAGGAUGAGGAAGAGGAAGGACACGCUUCUGAAACAGAGGAGGAAAAAUCUCGUACCUUUUAUGUUCCACGCCCAAACAGCACUUUGCAUCCCAGUACACCUAACUCAGCAGAUUUAUCCAGCUACACCCCAAAGCACUCUGUGAAGUUCAGUGAGUGGCAGGAGCAGAAGUAUGAGGGUCCUGCUGCAGAGGGACCCCUCCCAAAGGAAGCUGAUGCCCAUGGGAACCAAGUCAUGCUCACCCCGGCGGAGAAGGGCGGUCUCUCGGAUUUCAGCAGCGAGCCCGCGCUCUAUUUCUGAGGCUGCUCCGCGGUGCCUGCUCAGCUGGGCAGGACAGGAACCGCCACACAAACCGCCCCCAAACCGCGGCUUUCCCCGGAUCCUGCUGCCAAGGGUGGAACACCUGCUCUCGGGCAUCUUCAGAGAAUAUUUGCACUGGAUUUUGGGACCCAAUUACUGCUUUCAAGGCAAUUGAUUUAUUCUGCCUGUGGCCUUGCAUAUUCCUUGUUCAAGAUCAGCUGCCGGUUAGGCAAGUGUGGGAAGGACAUCUGUAAUCCUGGGGUGGAUGUUGAUUUUUCUUACUGCUAGUCUGAGUCCAGGCACUGUGCAGGCUCUGGACAGCUUUUGCAACCCUUCUCCCCCGAGGAGGAUGGCUCUGGAGUUGGAGCUCUGGGCAGCAAGGCAGGUUCACAGCGUGGCUGUGAUUUGACACACUGGGUGUCACUGAAGCUUGAGGGUUUGUCCUUUGCGUGUUUCUGGCUCUGGUUUCACUGAAACAUCAUGGAAUUCAUGUGCCAUGAGUUAUGCCAUGAAAAAAGCCAGUUACAUGCUUGUGGAGUUCACUGAGAACACCUUGAGGGAGGGAUGGGAAGAGCAAUGAAUGCCUUUAGCUUUAGGUGUUAUUUUUGCACCAAUGAGUAGAAAAAUGUCCAGACUGUUUUGAGCCUCUUGAAGACUUCCAAACAUUGGCCAUAGCUUUGGUCUGUUCUUCCCAACUCUGGCAUCCAGUCUCUGGGAAUUGCUGGUUGUGCUCCAGUUUGCCAGCUCCUCUUGUUGCUUUGUCCCAGAUGUGAUUGAUCUCUCUUGGUUGCUUCCUUCAAGCCACACUUGCUCUGCUCCUCUAAUCAAAGCACAGGAGGGCAGUUUCACUCCUUUCUUCUGCAGAACUUGAACAAGGAAUGUGGGUUAUUUUUGUUUUUUCUAGGAUUUUUAUAGUUCUAUUGUAAUUGUUUAAUGCAGCCAAUAUGCAAAGGACUCUGCUAGAAUCUUCCAUUCAAGUUUUCUACUACUGUAAACUCAGGGUCAAAAUUGCACUCUGGAACAGAUGGAGCAGUGCUGCUAAUGAGAUUUGUACUUUGGGAUUAAAAGAGAUGUGGUGAGAACAGAUCUGGCCUCUUUGGGCUUUAUGGAAUGAGUGGUACCCCCACAUGGGGUGUGAUCCAAAGGAACAGGCUGGUAUCUUUGAUUAAAUUUGAUGGUUACUGGUUUGUCUCUUAUAGAUGGUAUCUGCUCAAGUGACACUGGUCUGUGAACUGAAAAUGCUUUGCAUACCUUG